AAUCGAUCGCAUUUUCACACGCGUCCCCGCGAGUAUACGUAUGGCGUGUAUAUUAUAAAUACAAACGGGCGGACGACGGCAAUCGAGUCGCAGAAACCGCCAGCAAAGUAUACAACGUCUUCUUGCCGCCGGUCGUACGUCGCAUUGACAUAAAAUUAAAAUUUACGCGAUUUUUGUUUCCAUUUCCGAGACACGACGAUGGCAAAUAACCUGAACAGUCCGCGGAGCCGCCGAGAAAUCUUUUCGCUGCUGGCCGUCACGAUAGCUGCGACCGUGCUCGUUCAUCAGCCCGCAAAUGUCCGCUGCGCCGACAGCGGAAUUGUAUCUCAUCAACAGCAGCCGCAUCAGGCGUCGAUGUUCACCGCGCCGUCGGGCUACUACGUGUCCACGUACGAUCACAUAAACGUCGGCCAAUUGCUGCGAAACAACAAGUUGGUUUCGGGCUACGUCAAAUGUUUCGUCAACGAGGCACCUUGCACGCCGGACGGCAAAUUAGUCAAAGCCUACUUGUUGCCCGAAAUCAUACGCACUGUGUGUGGAAAGUGCACGCCAAAGCAAAAAGACAUGGCCCGAAUGGUGCUGAGACACAUUUACACGAACAGGCAAGCGGAUUUCGAGAAAAUCAUGCAGAUUUACGAUACGGAUGGCAAGAGAAACGAUAUCCUAGCUUUCAUGAACCAAUAGUUCACGCUCGGCAGCUUUAUUAUAUCACUGUAAAACAUUAAGUUAUGAUAUAUGACAUAUGUAAUAGUGUACCGCGUUUACCUUAUUACCAUUAUUUACUACAUCCUCCAACACCAACGUCUGCCACGAUACUACCAACAAUGAUAUCAUAUUAUAAUAACUACUAUCGAUUUUUUCCCAACGAAUCGGAAAGUCUACUCUUGUAGUUUUUCUUUAAUCCUCCCACUCUUCUCUGAUUGGCCAUGGUUAUUAAUCAGGAAUACAUUUAAUUUAAUAUACUUUUAUACUUUAUAAUAUAGAUAAACAUCUGUAAUAUUAUAUACCUAUAUAUUAUGAUAAUUAACUAUAGUCUAUAAUAUUAAUAUACGCAUAUAUUUACUCAAAUACAAUCGAUUGUUUAUGAUUUAA